CAACCCAAGAAGAAACAGAGUUUUCCCUUCUUUUUUUUUUUUCAAUUUCAACUUUUAGCUAACAUAUCUCUUAGUUCUCUUACAACAAGAUAGCUAUGUGUAACCCAAAGCCAUCUUCUCCAUCCUCUUUUUUCUGUAACAACAAAACCCAAUUCAUAAACCCCAACAAAACAAACGAUCUUAACACUGAUGAUGAAGAACUUCAUAGAUGGCCAACCCUUACUGAGGCCCUUGAAGAAAUCAAAGCUAUAGGGAAGAUCUCAUGCCCAACAACAGUCACAGGACUACUCCUAUACGCAAGAGCUGUGGUCUCCAUGCUUUUUCUUGGCUAUCUUGGCGAGCUUGAGCUCGCCGGCGGUUCUCUUUCAAUGGGUUUUGCAAACAUCACCGGCUACUCCGUCAUCGCCGGCUUGGCCAUGGGCAUGGAACCCAUUUGUGGACAAGCUUACGGUGCAAAACAAAUGAAGCUUCUUGGCCUAACUUUACAAAGAACUGUACUUCUUCUCUUCUCUAUCUCAAUACCCAUCUCUUUCAUGUGGCUUAAAAUGAAAAGAAUCCUCUUGUGGUGUGGCCAAGAUGAAGACAUAUCAUCCAUGGCUCAUACUUUCAUCAUUUUCGCCAUUCCAGACCUAUUCUCUCUCUCUCUCCUCCAUCCACUGCGUAUCUAUCUACGAACCCAAAGCAUUACAUUACCAGUAACUUACUGUUCUGCAAUCUCUCUCCUCCUCCAUGUGCCUCUAAAUUUCCUUUUGGUAGUUUAUUUCAAGAUGGGUAUCGCUGGAGUGGCCUUGGCAAUGGUCUGGACUAAUCUCAAUCUCUUCCUCUUACUAUAUUCGUUUGUGUACUUUUCCGGCGUUUACAGAGGCUCCUGGGUGGCGCCGAGCUCAGACUGCCUCCACGGAUGGUCGUCGUUGCUCGCUCUCGCCGUGCCGAAUUGUGUCUCCGUUUGCCUAGAGUGGUGGUGGUAUGAGUUCAUGAUAAUGCUAUGUGGACUUCUUGUAAACCCAAAAACAACCAUUGCUUCAAUGGGAAUUCUCAUCCAAACAACCUCUCUAGUCUAUGUCUUCCCUUCAUCUCUCAGCCUCGGAGUGUCCACGAGAGUCGGCAAUGAACUCGGCGCAAACCGGCCGGCGAAAGCCCGGACAUCAAUGAUUAUCUCGCUCGCCUUGGCCGUGGCUUUAGGCCUCGCCGCCAUGUUAUUCACCACCUUGAUGAGGCAUCAAUGGGGUCGGUUUUUCACCAAGGAUUCUGAGAUUCUUGAGCUUACUUCAAUGGCAUUACCGAUCAUUGGCCUCUGCGAGCUCGGAAACUGCCCACAAACCACCGGUUGUGGGGUGUUAAGAGGAAGUGCAAGGCCCAAAAUUGGAGCGAAUAUCAAUUUGGGGUCAUUUUACUUGGUGGGUAUGCCAGUGGCUAUCUUAAUGGGGUUUGUGGCCAAAAUAGGGUUUGCUGGACUAUGGCUAGGCUUGCUUGCUGCUCAGGCCUCAUGUGCUUUGCUUAUGCUCUAUGUUUUAUGGAGAACAGAUUGGACGGUUCAAGUAGAGAGAGCCAAAGAGCUCACACAAUCUUCUUUAAGUGCAAGUACUGCUUCAUCUUCAUUAUUACCAGUAUCAUCAACUUCACAGGUUGUUUCCAUGGAGGCUAAGAAGAUGGCUAAAAUUGAUGAGAUUUUGUGCACUAGUGAUGAGAUGAUGAAGUCAGAUUCACUUGAAAAAGACCCUCUAAUAUCUACACAAAUAGGGCAUUAAUUAGGGUACCUUCCCCAUUUUUUGCCCCCACCGCUGUGGGGCUCUUGAUGUGAAAAUUGUUCAUUUGUAU